AUAAUAUAUGUGGAUAGCGGAUGUACUAUGGGCAUUUGCGUAAAUAGGGGUAAGAGGGGUAAUAGGGGAUCUCGAAAAGUAACAAUAGAAGUGCUGGGAGCUUAUCUCAUUCUUUAGUAGCAGAGCGCUCUUACAAACUUUGAAGAUGAUAAACCUUUCAGUUGCUUCUUUACCUUCGGCCCUUCCAAUCCCUUCAAAAUUUCUUAAUUCGACUUCCAAAUCCUUCUUCAAUGGCCUUCAAAUCCGUUUCCCAUUUUCGUUUUGCGUUCCUCCUAAAACUGCAACUACUGGAGGAGGCCGCAAUUCAUCGGUGGUAAUGAUGGCCAAGAGGGAGGAGGAAUUGAAGGAUAUAAGGGCCAAAACUACUGAGGAAAUAAACGAAGAGGUCGUCGAUCUUAAGGGUGAACUUCUUAUGCUUCGUCUUCAAAAAUCAGCCCGCAAUGAGUUUAAGUCUAGCGAAUUCCGCCGCAUGCGCAAACGGAUUUCUCGGAUGCUAACAGUAAAACGUGAGAGAGAGAUUGAAGAGGGUGUGGGCAAAAGGAUGUCAAGAAAGUUAGAUAGAAAGUGGAAGAAAAGUAUUGUUGUCAGACCACCUCCAUCUCUGAAGAAGUUGCGAGAGGAAGAAGCAGCAGCUGAAGAAGCUGAGAAAUCUGCUUGAACGAAUCAGAUACAUGCUCUCAUUCAAUCUUUAUGAGUUUGAAGUUGUUGAGAUUUGAGAACGCUGUUUAAGCAACACUUUAGAAAAAAAAAAAUUUCCAACUUUAAACAUUCUGAUUCUUGUACUUAGCUUAUGCACAAAUGGAAAUAGAUUUCGAGUGGAUCAUGUUGAAUUUA